AUGUCUAUCCCUAACUUUGAGGACAUUACCAAGUCGGCCAACGACUUGCUCACCAGGGAGUUCUACCACCUGGCUGCUGGCACCCUCGAGGUCAAGAGCAAGACCCCCAACAACGUCGAAUUCAAGGUCAAGGGCAAGAGCACUCACGAGGGCGCCACCAGCGGAUCUUUGGAGGGCAAAUUCGCAGACAAGUCUCUCGGCCUGACCCUCACCCAGUUAUGGAACACUGCCAACGCCCUCGAGUCCAAGCUUGAGCUCAACGACACCCUUGCCAAGGGCCUCAAGCUUGAGGGUCUCUUCGGCUUCCUGCCUGCCACCAGCGCCACCGCUGCCAAGCUGAACCUGCACUUCAAGCAGUCCAACGUCCACGGCCGCGCCUUCUUCGACCUCCUCAAGGGUCCCACGGCCAACGUCGACGCCGUCAUCGGCCACGAGGGCUUCCUCGCCGGUCUGUCGGGUGGCUACAACGUCCAGAAGGCUGCCAUCACCAGCUACAGCGCCGCUGUGGGCUACAGCGCUCCCCAGUACACCGCUGCCGUCACCGCCACUGACAACGCCAGCGUUUUCGCUGCCAGCUACUACCACAAGGUCAACAGCCUGGUCGAGGCCGGUGCCAAGGCCAGCUGGAACUCCAAGAUCGGCAACAGCGUCGGUCUCGAGGUCGCCACCAAGUACCGCAUCGACCCCCUGUCCUUUGUCAAGGGCAAGAUCAACGACCGCGGUGUUGCCGCCGUUGCUUACACCACCCUCCUCCGCCCCGGCGUCACCUUUGGCAUCGGUGCUUCCUUCGAUACCCAGAAGCUCGACCAAGCCACCCACAAGGUUGGCACCAGCUUUACCUUUGAGUCUUAA